UAAGCUAUUUAGUGUGCCAAAGGGACUAUUUUUACACUCUUAUGCAUCACCUUACACACCUUUUCAAGCUUUCACAGCGUACUAUCGCACCAGCAGAGCAAUGACGAGCAUCAGCUACAACCAACUCAUUACAACGAAGCGUGGUGUUGUACAGUGCACUAUUUGUUGCUCCCGAUCCGACGGUUGGCUCCCAUUUGGACUUACUCUGCAGGUCGCACUGAUAAGGAAGCCAGCAAGCGCACUACCAUCCCGGCCAGUGGAUCCUUCUGUCGCGGUUUGAUGUCGUCUCAUUCUAGUCCACGAACGGCUGACGGUGAGGAAGCGAAACCGCCAGCACCAUCACCACCAUCAUCACCACCUACAAGAGAUGAAUGGUACGACGUCGUGGCAGACUGGUGGAGCUAGAAGGGUUGCCGGUAUUUUCGGCCGUAUAAAAGAGUUUAAAUAACCACUCAAAGAUGCAUCAGCUAUCCACAAUCUGUUUCACCCUGGUCAUAGUUUCUGUACUGGUACAGAGUACAAACGGAAAAAGAGGAUGCGCCGCUUUUGGCCAUGCAUGUUACGGUGGACAUGGCAAACGAUCAGGAUCGUCCGCAUCCACCCUUUAUCCGGAUGGUCUUGAUCCCUCCAUGGUUGGGCUGGAAGUUCUACCAAUCCCAUACUCGAAGCUGGCCUUGGACAAAUCUAGAUCGAUGGAUUCUGCACCAGAAGGCGUACGUUUGACAAAUGUAUAUGGAUUUGAUGUGCCUGCUGCUUCAACCCACCGCACAGAUACGCGACCAGGAGAACUAAAAUAUGCAAUCUAUGCAAUGCUAAGACAGCUGAUGGAUGAAGCAGCAAUCAAUCGACAGGAACAAUCGCAUCAACAACAACAGGCACAAACCCUGAAUCAACCUCCAUUUCCACACGAGGCUGCGAGUGUAAGCGAUAUUGAGCGCAAGUAAAACUAUGUCGAGUCAAAUUUCUUUGACCAAAUGGAUCUACUGCUCAUCUUCUCAAGAAAUUGUAUCCUGAAUUUAAUGAGUUUAUAUUUGCGUGAAGAAAGAAAAAAAAUGCACACACGCAAUUUAGUUAAUUAUCGGCACCAAUCUAGAGACUAAAAAAUAAUAUGCUCCAGCAGUUAACCAUUAGCGUUGAGCAAUGUAAAUAUAACCAGAAAAAAUACGCAGCACGGUGAAAAAAUGUGUUAAAUAGUUACAUAAGCAAUGAUUGCCAAACGCAAAUGAGGAUGUAAUAAAACAAAUAGUUAGACGGAACUCGUCAUGGCUGGGA